CACACAUUAAAAGUUAGUUAGAGGAGAAAACCUUUGUUUGUGUCGCAAGAUGAGCUGGAUGUUAGUCGGCUUUGAGACCAACAGCAGGGACUGAUUCACAACAGAUGCAAUAUGGAUGAGUGAACGAAAGGAAGAGCAGCUUUAUUAACUGCACGGACUCCGGAUGUUACUGACGUUACGGUUACGGCUGAAGUUGGACCUCGUCGAAAUUCAAAAGAAAGGUACCUCUUCAACCCACUACAAGGCUUAACGACGGGCAAAAAUGCAUUCUUGUGCAUGGAUGAAUAGACAGUACCAACAGCUUGGACCAUCCCCACAAGCUGCUACUCAGCUUACUAAUAACACAAUGAGAAAUCAGCAAGCUGAGACAGCAAAUAACUCGUGGCAGUACAGAACACCGAACACAGGAGACCGACCACCACAAAGUGCUCAUUUCACCUUUCACGAUGGAGCUUACUCUAACAGACAGACAUCAAAUUGGCAGACCUCAGCAGUUCCUCAUCAGGCAGUUUUUUCUCAGCAGCCAGCUGGAGGGAAGACUAACAAUUAUUAUACGACGUUGUCAAAUGGCAAUCUGCAAAACUCAUCUACUAAUAUGCAAAGUGGAAACCAUGGUUUGCAGUCCACUAAUGGAUUUCAGGAUGCCAUUCAGCAAGAUUUUCAUCAGAACUCUAUGGGAAAUGGGAAACAGUCAAUAAUGGCACAGGAUGGUAACGUUGUGUCUAAUCGCCAGCAUUGUAGGGUUCAGAAAAGCUUGUUUCAAAAUGUAAGUGGAGUGUCGACUAUACCCGUUUCAGUGUACACUACAGCAGCUACCUCGCUUCCACAUGAACAGGUGGUUUGCACCAGCACAUUAGUGUCUGCACACAACAGACAGACUGCUCAUAACCAGAAUUGCAGACAAAAGAGCACUCAGCAUGGAUUCUCUCCUUCCAUCCUCCCACCAAGUUAUAAUACAGCUGUCUCUUUAUCUCUCAGAAAAAACAGCAUUACAGCAAACUCAUCAUCAGGUGAACAGAUUUUGCACAGCAUGCUCCAGAAAACUCAACAAUACUCUACUCAACAGAACAAUGGGAGAGAGGCCACCUCCUCUAUUAACUCAAAUUCAUAUAGGAGCCAGUAUGAAACCAGCCUUUUCUUGUCAAAAACAAACGACCCUCUCUUAAAUCCUGCUGCUGAUACAGGACAGCAAAUGUCCAGUCGCCAGAUGAUAAUUGCGAGAAUUGCGGACGAUCUACGUAAGUCGUUCAUUGCUACCUCAGAUGGUCGGCCUCCAGUGUUUACUAGUUCAGCUUACAGUGGGAAGCAUUUUGUCAGCAAGUCUAAUCAAAAUAUGCAACCUGUGUCAACUGUCACUGAAAGUAAUAACUCAAAUGCCUCCCAGUCCUUAGCACUUAAUUCGGGACAAUCCUUGCCUAAAACCACCCAAAGUGUUAUGGCAAGAACACAGCUCAGCGUAGAUACGCUACCUCGGCAAAGCUCUGUACCAAAUGUCUUCCAUGUCACAACAACAGGAGAUGGAAGUGGAAGUAAGGCAGCCAAUGCAUUUAUUCCUAAAAGUAAUCUAGUUGGAUCUUUAAGUGAUUCAUCUCAGCUGAUGCAACUACAUGAGACCCAAUCAUCUGUAGCAAACAAUCGUGAAAUGCUUGAAAUACUUGAAAUGCUUUCAUCAGUCAAGUCAAAUGACAGCUCCAUUCUCUCAUCUCCUGGUCGCACAGGUGCGAGAGCUGUUGCUGUUGUGCAACCAUUGUCACAGGAAAGCUACCGGGCUGCCAGCAAGCAUACCUCUUCUAACACAAUCAAUCAAACGGGUGAGCGCACUGCAACAAAUGAAUCUUUAAAUAACCUGGAGAAAUUAUUUAUUUCACCAGCUGUGGCAAAAAACAAAAACGCUCAGUGUUUGAGAGAGGGAUCUAAUCUUUACCCAGAAAACCCAAAUCAAAUGAAGUCCAAGAAAUCUUCAGCAGCAUCCAAUGAUGGUACUUUUUUGUCAUCUUCAGAUUCAGCUGGGCAUCAAGAUUUGUCACAAAAACAGUUAUGUGCUGAUGACACAGGAUCUGAACUGGCUAUUAACAUGCAAGAAGACCAACGUGUUGUACUAACUGCUCAACAAUCUGUAACCGCUGAAGUGCCAGUAAGCCAACAUGGUGAUAAGGACAAAAGUGAGAAUCCAACCGAACCAGCGCUUUCCUCAGUCCCAACAGUCCCAUGGACAACUGUCACAUUAAUGAAGUUUUUACAGGAUGCUGAAAAAGCUCAGAUGAAUCGCAGAAGAAAUUUUACAAAUGUUGAUUCUUCAAGCAAAUUAUUGAGCAUGUUUUGGGAUGGUAGCUGUACAAGUUUGGCACAAAAGCUCAAGACAGGCUGGUACAAAGAUUUAAUCACUGAUACUAUACAAUUCUGCAGCAAAUAUGUAACACCAGACACUGUCAUACUGUCACAAGUAAAGUACGGCUUUGGGAAACAACUCAGAAGCUACCAUGUCCUUGAAGAUAAUGAAGUUUAUUUAGAACCACCCUACAAAUCAUCAUGGUUAAAUGUCAAUGAUCAGCUGGAUGACAUUGAUACAGAGUUUGGCUUCCAGUGGUCUUUGAAGCAUCGUCUUCACGUGAUUGAGAGUGACAGUCAGCCAGAUCAAGAUGGGACAGGCGACAGCAUUCCUGCACAGAUUAUAAGUGAGGUGUCAAACAAGGUCUUGUCACAAACCGAGCUUGAACCUCUUGACUCCAGUGAAGAAAAACAAGCUUCCACUGUUGAAUCCACUUCAACGCAAACUGCCUCUCCUAUUAAAAAAGAGAGUGUCAGAGAUCCACAUUACUCAUUUGAAAUCCAAGUUUUGCCUCCAGAAGAGGCCAAAGUUAUCUUUGAGCAAAUACAAAGCAAGAUGCCACAAAGUAGAGACACGGACAGUCAGCCAGAGAGAGUCAUGAAUAGCUCAGUGGAGGGUGAGCUACCUGAGGUUAUAAAUGUAACACUGAGUGACUCAAAACUGAAGAACGAGUCAGUCUGUCCAAUAGAACAGGUAUGCUGCAUUGACAGGUGGAUGGAAAUAAUUUUGGGCUCAAGCAUGCCUUAUUUGAGUAAAUGCCAGUGCAAGAACAAGCAAAGUCAUACAGAUUUCACUGACAAGACCCUUGAUAACGAAAGGAUGCCUGUACAAAAGAAGGAUAAACCGUGUGCGAUCAGGUCUGGCAGCAAAUUCCACUCCACUGCCAUAGGAGAGAAUCAAGUGAAAGGUGGGGAGAACGUCAACAAUCAAAUUAUGACAUUUAGUCAAACCAUUGACUUUACUCAAGAUAAUGACAAACCUCACUCAUGUUCUGACAAAGAACCACAGAACAUUUCUAAGAUAAGCAUAGAUAAUAGCCAGUCAAGCAUUAUACUCAUAAGUGAAAACGAAGAUGAAGAUCUCUUCAGCAGUGAAAAUGAAAUUCCCAACCAGAUGCCAGACUUUGAAAAGGAUUCUGAACACGCUCAGAUGAAAUUGACAGAAAGUAGCCAGUCAAGCUGUUCAGACAGUAGUGAGAAAGAAACAAAACAAUUAUCCAGAAGUGACACUGAAAUUCAGUCAGACCCUGAGGUGGAUUGUGUACAAGAUCAGUUGAAAUCUACAGGAAGUACUCUGUCGUGUACUUCAGUCAGUAGUGACAAAGAAAUUGAAAAUCUCUCCAACAGUGAAAGUAAAGUUGCCAGGCAGAUGUCAGAACUUGAAGAGAAUUGUGGACAAGCUCAGCUGACAUCUACAAGUGUGCCAAAGUCAUCAUUGGAAAGUGAAGAAGAACAAACUCAAAUUAGUGCAACUCCUGCCCUCCAGACAACUUUCAGCCUUAGUGGUAAACAUGAAACUGUUAAAAGAAAACAGAAGACACUAAGCAGUUAUGAUGGAUUUUCCCCAUUUCUUAAGAAAUCAAAGAAAUGCAAACCCCCUGUUGUGGAUUCACAGCCUGCCCUUGAGGGCAUUUCAAAAUGUAGGAAGGUUUUUGUUGAUGCAACUGAUAGUGAACCUUUAGCCUCAAACGUUAGAACUGUAGAACUGGUACUGUUUGGCUCAGCACCACAAGACAAGUGUGCUUUAAUUGGCGGCAGAAAGAGACAUAUUUCAUCUCCCGUGUCUGAUGGAGUACCAAGGCCUCCAGAAGUUCUCACUGUGAAUCUCAGUCCCUUGAGGAGAAAGUCCAGUGAAACUGUCCCGGCGGGGGAAUAUUCAAUCAAACGAGUGAUUUACGAAAAAUGGAGGAGAGGUUUUCCACCAACUAAAAUUAGGUGCAGAAGUAAACUGAAAACACAGAAGUGUACUUUUGCCUCUUUAUCUGGGGUGAAUCUCAGGAAAGCGGAGAUUGGCCCCACCAACACUGAGGAGCUGCCAGUUUCCUCUGAAACGAGGAUCUGGAAUCGAAAUAGUAAGCGCUGCCUCAGUCUGAAGAGGAGGAGGUCCCUCUCUAACGGACUCAAACCUGGAGGGGAGAAGAUGAGGAAGGAUAUGGUCUCACUCAAACAUCCUGCCGAUCAAGAGAGAAGUAAUGCUGAAAAUGGAAGCCAUGCUGUCAUGCCUCUCCAGCAGAACGAUGUCCUGAGGUUCAGUGUGUUACCCAAUACCUUCAACUUCAAAGAUGGCUCCAAUGGGAGAAAGGAACCCAAUGAUCCUGUUCCAGAUAAGCCUGACCUCUUUGAAGGAAAGAACGAGAGCCACAACAAAACUGCCAUAAGGGCAAAAGGUACAUGGUGUCUAAAACCUGAGAAGUAUCAUCCUCUACUUUCGUCUCCCGCCCCCAAGACCUCCAGCCUCUUCCUUGAGUUUCAGAAGAAAUACAAGGAGAUGAUACAGCAACCCAUGGCUGAAUAACAUGACAGGGAGAAGUCAAAUAUUGUCUUCUCUGUGGGAAAUUCUUCAUUUAUGAAAAUUCCUUUCAAGAUUGUUAAAGAAAUUAUGUUUUGUGUCUUUGUAUAUUCAAGGAGUUAACUGAAGUUGUGCCAGUUUUGUAUAUAUUUGCUCUAAACAGUUACUACUGUAUACAGGACACAUGUUCUCAUUAGUUUGCACGUAAAAUUAGCUGUUUACAUGGCUGUAAGUUGUAAAUGCAAAAACUUUACUUGCAGGCAAUCUGUGAACUAUAUGUUUCAACUAAAUAUAUUUUCAUAUUUUUCUCCAUUAAGAAUAUUUUUCUGCAAUAUUUGCAACUUAAACAUAUUUUAUAAGAAACAAGAAAUGUGAUCAAGUUUUUUUGUACUGGAAAAUGCAGUUUUAAUGUCCUACAUUAAAUAGUCUGUUAAAAUCA